AUGGCGGCGGCGGCAGCAGCUCCUGUGUGUUCUACGGUUGUGUUUGAGCAUGACGGGGUGUAUAUUCACACAAAUCCGGACAGACAAGAAGAUCAAGAUUCACUCAUUUCAGGAUGUCUGCGUGUGAUUGAGAAGGACGGGGAUGCCGUGAUCGAGUUUAGACAGUUUGAGGAUGCUGCUGACCCCUCCAGCAUGCUCUGUCCUAACAAGGACUCCAGCUCGGUGGUGGAGUGGAAUCAGAGCACUAGGCCUCCCAGGCCACUUGAGCCCCAGCUCAGCUCUGAGACGGAGUGGGACAUGGUCAACGCGGUCUACUUCCGCAGGAAGACCCCUAGCAAUGGCGAAGCCCCUGCAGAUGGGUCUCCUCCCCCUGUGGCCGAAAGGAGCCGUGGUGGGUGCCUGAGCUUCAGCGCGAGUGACCUGAUCUCCAUCAAGGUGCGGCAGGCGGGCUGGACCUACCUGGAGUUCAGCCUGAAGGAAGACACGCCUGUACCAUCGCUCCACUUCCACCAGGGCGGCGCCGAAAUGCUGCUGAACUGCCUACGCCGAUACAUAGUCCUGACUGAGUCACGCUUUGAUUCAUCGGUUCUGAACGUGGGCCACUACAGCAAGGCCCUCUCGCAGUCCUUUGAGAACCUGCUGGACGACACUACCUUCGGGCUCAUACAGAAAUUUAAAAAGGACCCAUACACCACCACGCUGGGGGGCUUCUCCAAGGUGACCAACUACCUGUUUGACGCGUUCCGCGGCGGGGAGUCUGAGCCUCAACAGCGCCCCCCGGAGGAGAUGGUGGACCUGCUGAACGAGGUCAUCCCCGGCCUGGACAUCAACCAGCAGGACGAGCCGGGCUUUGAAGUCAUCACCAGGGUGGACCUCGGUGAGAGGCGUCAGGUACAGAGGGCAGCGCCGGUCUCGCGGGAGGAGUGGGCAGGAUGUUUGGACCCAGAGGGACGUGUCCUGGACCCCCAGCACCUUCAGCAGCGCAUCUUCAAAGGGGGUAUGUGCCACUCAUUGCGCAAGGAGGCCUGGAAGUUCCUGCUGGGGUAUUAUCCCUGGGGCAGCACCCAGGAAGAAAGGAGGAGUCUGCAGAGGAGUAAAACGGAUGAGUACUUCCGUAUGAAGCUGCAGUGGAAGUCUGUCAGUGAGGAGCAGGAGAAGAGGAACACUAAACUGAGGGACCACAGGAGUCUCAUAGAAAAGGAUGUGAACAGGACAGACCGGACCAACCCUUUCUUCGAGGGUGACGACAACCCUGGCCUGAUCCUCCUACAUGACGUCCUUAUGACCUACUGCAUGUACGACUUCGACUUGGGGUAUGUCCAGGGGAUGAGUGACCUGCUCUCGCCCGUCCUCUAUGUGAUGGAGAACGAAGUGGACGCCUUCUGGUGUUUUGUGUCCUUCAUGGAUCAGAUGCACAACAACUUUGAGGAGCAGAUGCAAGGCAUGAAGACCCAGCUGAUCCAGCUCAGCACUCUGCUCCGCCUGCUUGACCUCGCCUUCUGGAAUUACCUCGAAUCGCAGGACUCUGGCUACCUGUACUUCUGUUUCCGCUGGCUGCUGAUUCGCUUCAAGCGGGAGUUCAGCUUCCAGGAUGUCCUACGCCUGUGGGAGGUGAUGUGGACGGGUCUGCCCUGCCAGAACUUCCAUCUGCUGGUGUGCUGCGCCAUCUUGGACGCCGAGAAGCAGAAGAUUAUGGAGGAGCGCUACGGCUUCAACGAGAUCCUCAAGCACAUAAACGAGCUCGCCAUGAAGCUGAACAUCGAGGAAAUCCUCCGCAAAGCUGAAGCCAUCUGCCUCCAGCUGAAAAACUGCAAGGACCUGCCCAGCUCCGUGGCCCAGAUUUUGGGCUUCAGCAGCGGGGAGCGGGACUCAGAUGACCCCGCAGGCGGAGCAGGGGCAGCCGGCAGCUCUAGAACCCGCAGCCCCGACCCGGAACUCGGACCCGGACCAGCAUCUGCCGCCGGACCUGGAGCGGAGGAGGGGUCAGCGGCUUCGCCAGAGCCGGGCGAGGACGGCGGCGGCUCGGGCCGGGAGACCCCCGAGACCCCCUUCAGCCCAUCGCAGGUGCUGAUGUCCGCGCCAAACUUCAGCCCGUCACGCAACGGACACAUCGGGCAGGCCGCACCGGACGCUUACAAGCUGGCCUACAUCUCAUAGCCUCAGUGCCCUUCACCGCCAGACACAGACUCUUACUCUGUCAAACAUAACUGCUCAUCUCUCGCAUAAACUUUAUAUUUAUCUACAUAUCUCUAUUUCUCUCCCUCCCUCUGUUUCAUUCAUUCAUCUCCCUCUCGCCCUCCCUCCCUCCCUCCUUCACACAGCCUAUAACCCACCAGUGUCAUUGAAUUUUUGUCUGCAGUACCAGUUCUCUGAGCUGAAGAACGAGGUUUAUUUUUCUACUGCAAUGUGUAUUUCAGCCUGUUUUUAUGACUAGAAAUGUAACUGGAAAAAAAUGAAGCAAAUCCGUUUUUUUUUUUUUUUUAGAUUUUCUCUUUUUUUUUCCAAGCAGGAGAAUCAUUCCAACUCUCUGAGAUUUUAAAGAUGUCACUCAGGAACUUGGACUGCACUUUUGGAGAAGAUAUCACAUUGAUCAUUUUUCUGAUUAACAUUGAUUUUUUUUUUGUAUGGUGAUGGAUCAUGUAUAUAAAAACGAGUAAAAAGUAAUAUCGUGAGGAAAGGCACAUUUUGACAGUGGGAGAAACAUUUUCACCAUCAACCAUCUUUUUUUUUUUUUUUUUUAACCUUACAUGCAAUCGGGGUUUAAACUCAAAGAAAGUGAACUUUAUCUUGCCUUGUACGUGAUUACCUCUGAGCAAAAGCACAGCUAUACAGUUGAACUGAUCAUACAGUACCUUACUCAGAUGCCUUUAUUAGAAACAGCAGUCACAGAAUUGUAGUGUUUUUAUUAUCAGUCUAUUUGAAGUGAGAUGGUAGUCUGUGCGUCUGUCCUGUCCAGCCAAAGAGCAUUGACUCUUAGUCCAAUGGAAACCAAUGUGAUGGAACUUCUGACAUGUGGCCUUAACAUUGUUUAAAAACCCUCCCUGAUUGAAAGUAGACUGGCCUACCAUUCAUACCAGCGACUUUUGAAGAAAAAAAGAACAUACAGUGUUUUAUAUGAUAGUGGAGUGUUAACUAUUUUGUACCACUGCAGUAGUUGUUUCUAUUAAGGACAGUUCUAAGAAGAAUUAGAAGUCGCUCACUAUGAUGAAAUGAAGCUGAACAAUUUUUUCCCCUCAGCAUGUAUUUAUUUAUCUGUAUCAAAUCUUUUGUAUGUGGACUUUGUUUGUAUGUUUGCAAAGUUUGUACAGCUUAGAUGUAUUUCCCCCCUCUUUUUUCCAUUGGAGCCUGAUGAUGCUGGAGAGAUUUCUAACCUUGGAAACUUUUUUUUUUCUUCUCACAAUUCCUCGUGUCUCCGACUCUCCUGUGAGUAGCCUCGGAGACGUUGCAUAAAAUGUGAGUCAUUUCUUGUCUUCCCGCGCAACAAGAGUCUCCUUGAGUUAAGAGCACCGCUGUUACCGCCCUUUGCCACUGUACUCUUUGUGCUUUUUACAUAAAUAGACAAGUGUAUACUUUCA